AUUUUGUUAGCCCCCUUUCCGAUCGAGAAGCCUCUCGCUCUCCUCCUUCGCUGGCCGGCUUCAUCCAUCCGCCCGCGCCCGCGCCGUCCCUCGCUCCGGCGUGAAGAGUUCUCAAGGGAACCGCGCAGACUCCACCAUUUGUUGGUGCUUUGCAAGCGCCGGCAUCAACAUCUGGAUCCUCAAGUGCUUGGGAAAUGAGUGCGGGCGGCGCGUUUGGUGGAAACAGGGGAGCGAGGCCUGUACCUCCUGAAAAAGGUGUAUUCCCCCUCGAUCACUUGCAUGAGUGCGACCUGGAGAAGAAGGACUAUCUUGCUUGCCUGAAGUCUACUGGAGCUCAGUCUGAAAAAUGUCGGAUGUUCUCGAAGAAAUACUUGGAAUGUAGGAUGGAGAGGAACCUGAUGGCAAAGCAGGAUAUGUCGGAGCUUGGGUUCAGUAACACAGACGUUGUGGUUACACCUUCCGAGAAGAACAGCAAACUGGAGAGCCCAACAAGUGAUUCAAAAGAGAAGAAAUAGCUGUUCAAUUUGCAAGUUCCUUAUCUGACGGUUAACAUCAUUCGGUACUUCAACACAAGUUUUGGGAAGCACUGCCUCCAGAAAUUAAGGAGUACCUCCAUCUUAAGGGCAAAAUGGUAACCAUGAGAGUAUGUAAUUCCUUGGAUUAAGAUUAAA